AUGAAGCUCGCCAUCUUGUCGCUCCUCACAUCGCUAGCUAGCGUUCACUCAAUAGCCAGCAAUGCCUCGCACUCCGACAGCCUCACCGUGAAAACGUCGAAUGGUGUUUUUACAGGACUGGUCGAUCCAGAAUACCCAAACACUCGACAAUGGCUUUCCAUUCCCUUUGCAGAGCCUCCUGUUGGGGAGCGUCGCUGGCUACCGCCCAAGAAACUUCCGCCCUCGAAAAAGCAUCAAUACGCGACGAAGCUCCCGCCCUCGUGCCCCCAGUUUGUGACGGCCAUUGAAUCUAUGUGGAACAUCCCUCUGACCAAGGGUAAUCUGAUUUACAAUGGCGCCCAGAACGACACCUCGGGUCUAGUAGGCGAAGCCACGUCCGAAGACUGCCUCUACCUGGCCAUCUGGACACCUACGACCCCGCCGUCUAAAGACGGUUUCCCGGUCCUGUUUUUCAUGACAGGAGGUGGUUUCGUGAUGGGCGGCAUCGAUCUCCCCUGGCAAAUCCCAACGUCAUGGGUCGAGCGGUCACAGUCUGCAAUCAUCGUCACCAUCAACUACCGCGUCAACAUCUUCGGCUUUCCCAAUGCGCGCGGACUAGCCGACGGAGAACAGAACCUCGGCAUCCUCGACCAAAGAGCCGCUCUCGAGUGGACUCGUGACAACAUCGCAGCAUUCGGCGGCGACCCAUCCCGCAUCAUGCACUGGGGCCGGUCCGCGGGCUCCAUCAGCGCGGACAUCCACGCAUAUGCGUACUACGACGAUCCGAUUGCUCAAUCUUACUACAUGGAGUCGGGAAACGUCAUCUCCGGUCGUGCGGAAGAUCCAACACACUCCAACUUCAGCUUCGUUGCGCAGCACGUAGGCUGCGAGUCCCCCUGCGGCGCGGACUGCGAGGACGAGGACGGCGCGGCGGAGCUGGACUGUAUGCGCCGGGUGUCUUCUGCACAGAUCUCGAAUUUCAUCGGCCAAUACGGCGACCGGGGCGAGACACCCCUCCUAUCCUUCAACCUGGUCCCCGAUGACAAGAUUGUCUUCCGUGACUUCGAGGCGCGCGCCGCUGCCGGCAAACUCGCGGCCCGCCCGUCCCUUAUCUCCUUGACAGCCAACGAGUUCUCCUCGCUCGUCCCAUGGCCAAAGGAGAACCUGACCGAAGGUCCGUGGCAGCCGCUGGUCACGGAGCUGGAUAUCGCAUGGGUGUGCGCGAGCUUCAACGCCACUGCCGCCCGUAACCAGCUGAGCACGUCCGAAGCACCCGUUUUUCGGUUCCAAUACGCGGCCGAGUUUCCCAACUUGAAUGUGUACAGUUGGCUGGGCGCGUACCAUAACAGCGAGACGCCGUUGGUGUUUGGGACGUACGGGCUGUUGGAUCAUAUUGCGCCGAUGACGGAAUUCCAGGUCGAGCUUAGCAGGUUGAUACAGGAUCACAUCAUGGCGUUUGCGGAGGAUCCGUAUCAGGGGCCGCAGAAGAGAUAUGGAUGGGAGCCACAGGUUGUUAGUAAGGCAAAUGGAGGGGAUGUACUUCGCUUCGGGGCAGGCGGGAACGCGGUGCAGCGGAUCGAUGGGGUCGAGAUCGACGGGGUGUGUACGGGACUCGGGGAAUAUGAUCCAUUUCCUUAG